AUGGUCGUGUUCUUACCAGCAGAUCUGAAAGCCAAGGACAACACUCCAACAACCAUGGAGGGAGAUGUUGUAGAGAUGGGGCAGACAGCGGAGAUUUUAAAUGAGUCCUUCUCUGUAGGACUGAAUGGGCCUUUAGUGAUCGUGCUGAAGGACGAGACCGAGGAGAAGAAUGAAGAUCGUGCAGCUAGCGUGAUCUUUGAGAGGCCGAGUCCCACGAUGAACAAACACAUCAAGCCCUUGUACAUUGCUGGUUGCCUUGAUGGGAUGCCAGUGAACCGUAUCCUGGUAGACAACGGUUCAGUAGCCAAUCUCGUUCCUAAGGCCAUGAUGCAGAGGCUCGGGAAGAUUGAUCAAGACCUGAAUCAAGACGACGUGGAGGUAAUAUGGGCUGACCGUAAACCAUUCAAGGCCUCUACUAACCAUGCUGAGGCCCACCUAUAUGAUGAGGGGGUUGGUCCAAUGAAGGUGGCAGGCCUUGACAAAGUCAAGCAGGCCGAUUAUAGCUUCAUCCAAACACCCUUCUCAAUGUCAGUAAGCCCUUCAGAAGCAGAGAAACAUGUGGCCCUUCGGACCACAUUGUCAAAGUUUGAAGCCUAUUUACUAGAGAAGAGGCUGAUGGGAAGUCAAGAGUCUGAGGAAGAUUUUUCGGCCUGUGCGGCCGAAGCUGACGUGCAAGAUCCUUUAGAAGAAGUUAAUUUGGGAGAUUCAGAGAAUCCCAAACCUGUAUAUAUUAGUCAACUUCUGCCAGAGGACGUGAAGGAAAAGUUCAUCCAGCUCUUAGGGGAAUUCAAGUCCUAUUUUGCUUGGACUUACAAAGAGCUGCCAGGUCUGUCUAGAGACCUAGUGGAGCACAAGUUGCCUAUACAACUAGAAUUCAGACCUUUCAAACAACCACCAAGGAGGAUGUCCAAUGAGGUUUACUUACAGGUCAAAGAUGAGAUCGAACUCCUUUUCAAUGCUGGGUUCAUAAGCACAGCCAGAAACUUGAACUUGGCUUCCCCAAAGGACGAGUAUCCAAUGCCAGUCGUAGAUCAGUUGGUAGAUGGAGCUUCUGGUCACAAGGUCUUGUCCUUCAUUGACGGGCAUUCUGGCUACAAUCAGAUCUUUAUCGACGAGGCUGAUACGGCUAAGACCUCUUUUAGGUGUCCUGGAGCCCUAGGAACCUUUGAGUGGGUCAUCUACAUUGAUGAUAUCGUGGUCAAGUCUCAGUCCUAUGAUGAACAUUUGGAACACUGGAGGAAGUCUUUCUUGAGAAUGCAACAGUUUGAUUUGAAAGUAAACCCCUUGAAAUGUACCUUCGGAGUCUCCUCAGGCAAGUUUCUUGGAUUCUUGGUCCACAACAGAGGGAUUGAAGUUGACAAGAACAAGGCCAAAGCAAUCAUGGAAGCGAAGCCUCCUACCACCAAGAAGGAGUUGCAGAAGCUCUUAGGUUCAUUCAACUUCUUAAGAAGGUUUAUCUCAAACCUAGCUGGAAGGGUUCAAGCAAACCAUCAAAAGGCCUUUGAUGAGAUCAAAGGCUAUUUAGCAACGGCUCCAGUCCUUAUGCCUCCCAUCAAGAACAGGCCGUUGAAGCUCUACAUCUCAACAGCUGAAGGCUCUAUUGGAGGCCUUUUGGCUCAAGAUAACGCUCAAGGAAAGGAACAGGCUAUAAAGGGCCAGGCCUUAGCGAAUUUUCUUGCUGAUCAUCCAUGCGUGGAUAUCGGCGAUGAGUCUGAGAUAAGUCUGAACGCCCUUGAGAUAUCACUUACUCCUUGGACACUACUCUUUGACGGAUCAAGGACUCAGCAGGCCUCAGGCUGUGGAGUAAUUAUUAUUUCUCCUCAACGCUUGAGGACUGAAUUGUCCUUUCAAUUUGAUUUCCCAUGUACAAAUAACCAAGCUGAAUACGAAGUAGUUGUUAUAGGCCUUGAGAUCCUAAGAGAACUAGAGGCCAGAGAAGUAAAGAUUGUUGGGGAUUCAAACCUUGUAAUCAAUCACUUGGCGGGAACGUUUAAAUGCUAUAGUGAGGACUUAGCUCCUUAUUGUAUGGCAGCAGUGCAAUUAAUUCAAGAUUUUGAUAAUGUAACUGUCAAACACGUUACAAGGAGUAUGAACACUGAAGCCAAUAGUUUGGCUCAGGCCUCAACAGGUCUGAAGCUAGCUCCAGAAACAAUCCACAAGAUCAUCACAGUCCAAAAGAGGUUGUUACCUUAUGUUAGAAUGAGAGGUCUAGGACUGGAGGUAUUUACUUCUGACUUCACAGGUGAAGAAUUAGAUGAUGAACCAGAGAACGAUUGGCGUACACCUAUUAUUUCCUUCCUAAAGAGGCCUCAUCACAGGGCCUCCAGGAAGGUAAGGAGGAGAGCCAUGAGUAACAUUCUUGUGGGGGAUGAAUUACACAAGAAGAGGCCCGAGGAUGACUUACUUUUAAGAUGCCUAGGGCACCCUGAGGCCAUGACAGUCAUGAGCGAAGUCCAUGAAGGAUGUCAGCCCUGUCAAGCCCAUGGCCCAAUUCAGCGUGUCCCUACAGCUGAUUAUCAUGCUGUGGUCAAACCUUGGCCAUUCAGGGGUUGGGCCCUUGACGUGAUUGGAAAAAUUUAUCCUCCUUCGUCUGGAAAUCAUACUUACAUCUUGGUAGCCACGGAUUACUUCACCAAAUGGGCAGAAGCUGUGCCAUUAAAAUCUGUGGAUCAACAAGAGGUAAUCAAAGUAAUCGAAGAGAGAAUCAUCCAUAGGUUUAGAUUGCCUGAGCACCUGGUUGCAGAUAGGGGUACAAUAUUCAUGGGGGAACAAGUGGUUAACUUUGCUGCACAGCAAAAUAUUAUUAUUUCCAACUCUACUCCUUAUUAUGCACAAGGAAAUGGUCAGGCUGAGUCCACCAACAGGACUCUUGUCAACAUUAUAGAGAAAAUGGUGGAAGAUAAUCCAAGGGCCUUGCACAAAUUGCUUUCUGAGGCCUUGUGGGCCUACAGAACCUCAAAGAAGGAAGCCACCAAUAUAACUCCUUAUAUGUUGGUAUAUGGGCAUGAUCCAGUCCUACCAAUGGAGGUAGCAGUAAAGUCAACAAGAAUAGCAUAUCAAAAUGGCCUCACUCCUGCAGAUUAUACUCAGGCCAUGCUGAUGGAGCUUGAGGACUUGGACGAGGUUAGGCUUGCAGCCCUUGAUCAUAUGUUGGUUCAGAAAAGAAGAGUCGCUAGAUCUUAUGACAAACGAGUAAGAAAGAAGAGCUUUACUGAAGGGGACUUAGUUUGGAAGGCCGUCUUCCCCCUAUGGGAAAAGAAUCCAAGAUAUGGCAAGUGGUCUCCAACCUGGGAAGGACCUUACCAAAUUGCUCAAGUCCUUAAAGGUAAUUUCUAUCUUCUUAUGGACUUAAAUGGUGGUCUGUUUAAGCAUUUAACAAAUGGAAAGUACUUAAAGCAUCAUUAUCCUACUAUGUGGGAAAUGAGAGAUUUUGGGGAAAUUCAACCUAACAAACCAUAA